CAAAAAUAUUCAAUCCAUUCGACUAUACACAGAUAAAUUCAAUAGUAUAGGGAACGGAAGGGACGGCAUACAGAAAAUAAAAAAUUUAAAUUUGCACUUUUUGCACCUUUACACUUUUGUAACCUUUUCGGUAAAUCGUUGGUCUACUCCACUGAGCUCUCAUCCUGCAUUUGAGGAUCAUCAUGUCGGAGGAAGUCAGUUUCAGUGAGGAACUUGACAUCCCAGCAGAAUCGGCUAACGACAAUCAGACAACGCUCCAAGUCGACCUGAAAAUCGAGCCGAAACCAGAAAUUCUGACAGAUGCUGAGCAGAAGGAUGAGCUAGAGAAACUGAAGGCAACAAAGUCAGAGGAGAAGUUGCAGAAGCCGGAAAACAAUUCAGGCGACACAUCGGAGGGAGUUUCCAAGGAACCAGCCGAAAAACAAGAGCCCACCCGUGUUCGGGAAAGCGAUGUCCUUGGUGAGGCGCAGGAUCUCGGUGGACUAGGUGACGGUCCGGAUCUGGAGUCCGGCUCGUCUUUUACUUCCUGUUGCUCCUACAAAUAUAUGCGGAAGUCGAUCCUUCAGCGAGAGCCCCACUCCUCCACCUUGAGCAUUAACAUUGAAAACUUGGUAAACUCCUCCCCCAGUUUGCCCCAGCCGGCAUCGACCACUCCUCCUCCCACAGAAGCUCUGUCCGAUAGCACUGCAACAUCCUCGGUUCAGUUACUAGUGGAGCAGCGCUCCUUGUCCUAUACGCCAGAUUGCAGUGACGAUUUCGAGAUCGGCAUUGGAGAAGUCUACCAGAGAUUUGCUUCCCUCUUUAGUCGCACGGAAAUUGACGUUGCCUACUCCAAUUUUACGCAGGUGGAUGAGGACCUCGACGGGUACAUAUGCCUGUCGGAGCUCAAGAGAGCGCUAGAGAAGCUUGAAAUACCGCAGACCCACUUGGCGGCCAAGAAGGUGAUGACCCAUGUGAUUGGCUCCGACGAGGACCGCUUGAACUUUUGCCAGAUGCUGCUCAUCUACGGCACUUUGAUGCAUCGAGUAGAGGUCCAGAAAUAUAGCUUCCACGACAAAGUGGGUCAACGUUUGGUAAUGACCGAUGCCGUGGAUGUCUCCCAGGUCGGCGUGACUGGAGCCCGUAUCUUUUUCGAGGCCAAAAUCGCCCAGCAGCAGCAGCAGGAGCCGAUUGUUCUUUCCGUCUUCGAUCAGGAACAGCCCGUGACCCGUACACCCCAUGUCGCAUCGGCGGAGAUCCGGACAUCCAGUUCUCAUAAAGAGCAGUUCAAAGGCGUUACCUCCCUAUUCAAGAAGCUCGGGAGCGACCACUGACCACUUAAUGACCAGAUCACCAGGCGAUUCCUACAUUAAACUUCACUACCGCCAAGCGUUUUCUGUCCAAAAUUUACAGUCGAAAUAUAGAGAAUAAAUUAAAGUUUACUUUCUGA